AAAGAAGUCGUGUUCUAAUUAGUUUUUAUUCUAAGAUAUGGCUAAACGGCAACUAACAGAAAGUGAAAUUCAACGUGCCCUUGUUGAAAGUGACGAUGAAAAUUUUUUUGUGCGUGAGAACGAUCGUGAUGAAGAGAAUUUUUCUGUUGACAGCUGUUCUGAUAGUGACAGUAAUGUGACAGAACCAGCAUCUGAAAACGAUGAUGAACAAUUAUGGAGUGAGAGUGAUGAUGUACCAUUACAAGAAUACGUCUCAAUUGACACUUAUAAAGGAAGAGAUGGAACAACUUGGAAAUCAGAACCUGACAGGCAAAGACGAACGCCUCGACACAACAUAAUUCGCGGUGGUAUUCAUAAGGUGAUUCUUCCUCCGGGGCAAGCUAUAAUAGAUCCGAUAGACAGUUUCAGCCUUUUUUUCGACGAUCACGUAUUAGAAAUAAUAGUAAAAUAUACCAAUACUGAAGGGCUAAGAGUUUUACAAAAUCGAUGGAAAUCAACAGACAAAAUCGAAAUGCAAGCAUUUCUAGGUCUUUUAUUGACUAUCGGCGUCAAUAAACAGGGAGGUGUGGAUUUUAGAGAAUACUGGGAUCCUAUCUUUGGCAAUCCAAUAUUUCGAGCUACAAUGGGAAAAAAUAGAUUUGCUUCUUUAUUACGAAACUUACGAUUCGAUGAUAAAAAUACUAGGUCCCUGAGAAAGUCCAAAGAUAAACUUGCACCUAUUAGAGAAUUAUGGGAAUACGUAAACCAAAACCUGAAAAAGUUUUAUUUGCCUGGAGAAAAUCUAACCAUUGACGAGCAGCUUGUCCCUUUUCGAGGACGCGUAUCAUUCAAACAGUACCUACCCAGCAAACCUGAUAAGUAUGGUAUGAAAAUUUGGUGGAUCUGUGACAGCAAAACUAGUUACCCCCUAUUUGGAAUACCAUAUCUCGGAAAAGAAGGACAAAACAGGGCGGAAAAUUUAGCCUACAAUGUAGUCAACCAGUUAUGUGAACCAUACUUCCGAAGUAAUAGAAAUGUUACUUUUGAUAAUUAUUUCACGAGUAUUGAUGUCGCAAAAUCUUUGGCACAAAAUGGCCUUACAAUAGUUGGAACAUUGAGAAAAAAUAAGGCGUGUAUACCUCCAAAUUUUUUGGUCUCUUAUGUACCAAAAAAGAAUCGUGCUGUAAUUUUUUUGUCUACGAUGCAUCAUGGAAAAGAAGUAAAUGUGAACAAAAACAACAAAUCUGAAAUAAACUUGUACUACAACUCCACCAAGGGAGCUGUCGAUACGCUGGACCAGAUGGUUCAUGAGUAUACAGUUCGGCGUAAAACAAAUAGGUGGCCAAUGGCAUUUUUUCAAAAUAUUAUAGAUGUUGUUGGCAUUGCAUCGCUUAUUAUAUGGAAAAAUAUACAUCCUGAUUGGAACUCACGAAAAAAAAAUACACUAAGAAAACGAUUUUUACGUGAAAUCGCAAUCGAUUUGGUAACACCUCAUAUACGGAGACGAAGCAUGAAAGGACUAUCAAGUUACCACUUAGCAGCCAUGCAAUAG